AUGGACGGGGUAGACAAUGUCGCCACUGCUAGCGCAGCACCACUCGAAGCACCACCACCACUACCAAACGACGUCCGCGACGCAAUCCUCUCGCACCUCCUCCCGCCUGCUCCCCCACUCCCAGUCGAACUCCUCGCGCGCUCCUUCAUCGAGCGCCUCACGUUCCUCCCACCAGCGGAAGACGACAUCGACGCGCAGCUGUCCCCGUUCCCCACCGGCGGCACUCCCCUCGACCCCAACCCCCUCGCGACGGCCCUCGACGCCCUCUCUGGCGGCUUCACCCUCCAUCCAACACAGUACACAUUCGACGGCGAGAUGCUGCUUGCACGAAGUGUCAUUUCCCCCGAGCACGGGUACGGCGGCGCCGUCGAGACGCAGUUUGAGCACGACGCCAAGCGCGGCUGGACGUACCGCGGCUCCAAGCCCAAAUUUUCUCUCGGCGACGACGAGCACGACGCCGACCACCGCGGCUGGGUCAGCCACAUUGAGAACGUGAGCUACAGCGACGACACGGCGCCCGAGGACUACUGGGCGGGCUUUACGCCGCCGAGCCAGCGCGCCGAGCUGCCGGGCGACAACGACGAGGACGACUACUGGGCGCAGUAUGGCGCCGGCGCCGAGCCCGAGCGCGAGGUGCAGACGCCCGCAAAGUCCAACAUUGCCGUCGCCGGCCCGGAGACGGCCGCGACGCUGAGCCUGUUUCUCCAGGGUCUCGUGGCGAAAGAGGACGACGAGGCUGCCGAGACCGAGGCCCCCGCCCCCGCCCCCGUCGAGAAGGAGCCUUCCCCGCCCGGCGUGCUCGAGCAGAAGAUCCGCGCCAAAGUCCGCAACAUCCUCAUGCGCGCGUGGUCCGCCUUCGCGGCUGACACGGACGCCGAGGCGGCAGGCUUUGACUGGCUGCGCAUCUGCCGCGGGGUCAACGAGCGCCCGAGCUGGGGCAACGGCGCGACGACCGACGCGUACUUUGCCGACGCGCGCACCGCCGUGCUGACGGCGCGCGUCGAGGCCGCCAAGGAGGUGUUCUCGGCCGUUGACGACUCGCGCGACGGCUUCUGGCGCCUCGUCGAGGACGCGAUCAAGAUCCACACGAGCCCCGUCCUCGGCGACAACGAGGCGCCGUUCGAGUUCUGA